AUGCCUCUCUUUGACAGUUUUUCCAAAAUCUUCGCCAGUCUGUCUCCGCAUCGCCCGCGUCACCGUGACCCAGACCUUCAGGCCGACGAUCGCCAACGAACUCAGACCCAGCGCCGCAAUCUACCCUCACGACACGAUCGCUCUCUCGCCCAGAGUCGCGAGCUUUCUACUUCCCCAUCCCCGUCCAAGGGAAUACCAAAUCGACAGAAUCAGUUCUCUUUACUAUCCGAAGACGAGGAGGACGAGGACGACCUUGACGAAUCUCCGCGCGAUACUGCUGCGCUCCCGCAGGUGUAUAUGCCCUCUCACCACGGCCCCGCCAGCGAGCCAAAGCUGAUUUCGAUUUCGCGCCGCGCUAGCUCGGGUGACGCCUCGCAGAUGUUAGGUAAAGAUCAGAGCCGGAAGCCUCGUGAAGAGCAGCGAGAGGAGGAUCGAUUACUUGGAGGUGGAAAAUAUCGCGAUAGCAAUGCUGUACGAAUUCGUCCUGGUGAAGGGAGGAAGAGGGUUAUUCCCGGGUAUGUUUUAUAUCUCCUCUACGCUGGAACAAGCAUGAGCAUGUUUCUGAUUCGUGAACAACAACAGAGUUCGGCCGCAUUCAAACCGAAAAACAACUUUGACAUCCGAAAUGCACGGGAAAGCGGCCCAGUUCGGGCCCAAGGGAAGGCCCAGACAAAUACAUUACACGAAAAGAAUCGCCCUCGUCUAGAUGAGCCUUUCGAUUUUGAACAGGCAACCCGUCCGAACAAACGGCCACGCAAUAAUGAACACGCCAGACCUCCUGUUGCGAUUGGGAAGAGGGCCACUCAGCUGCCUCUUCAAACUUCUCCCCAACGUCGAGUCUCGCCUGUAUCAAGUGAGACUUCAAGCAAAAUAGAACGAAACGUUAUACCACGCCAACAGGAAGAGUACCGUCAAGUGGAGGAAUGCAUGAAAAUGCCCAGACCCCAUCCUCGGAGUCGGCAAAAUCGACGCAGACCCAUCCAGCCUGAAAGUCCAGACGAAAUCUUCACCUCACAGGCUGCGAAAGAGAGACGUGCCGCGGUGGAACUUGCAGCGGACUUUUCUAACUGGGAGCACGGGCCGAAUCCGAAUGUCAGAUCAAAGUCACCCCAAAGACGCGCACUUGCACAUUCACGAGAAAGUCCCGAUAUUUUACAAGGCGAUGUCACGAUUCCAACAUUACCGAAACCUACGACCACCAAACAAACAUCGGGUCGCCAGAAUCCAAAUAAUGAGCCGUCUCCGUCCCCUUCUCGAAAACGCUCGCCGAGUGAUAUCCAACCUACCGAUUUCACCAGUUCCCCCAUUCAAGGCUCUAAGAGGGCCAAGCGCAGUCACACAUCUUCCACUGGGUUUGAGGUUAAGUACCUUCGAUUCGGCCCUUUCAAAAAGCAGCCCCAUGCAGAGGGACCGCUGGUCAUUCAUGUUGACCAGAAUCGGGAGAAGAUUCAGCUGGGUAAAUUAGUUUGCGACACUGAUGAGCAUGAAAAUGCCAGUAUCGAACUGCGCCGCAUCAUUGCGGUAUUGCUGGGGGAUAGUGACAGUCAUAAAAUCCGAUUGAAGCUCGCUGUGAGGUCUGAGCUCCCGCAUGACACGGUGGAUAUCGAAUUCAAGACAAUGCCAGAGAAAGAUAAAUUCUCAGCUUUGGUUCGAGAAAAAACCAACAGGGUACAAACUAAACCCUCGGUGUUUAUGGAUCGAGCUUUUGAUAUUUAUGGGAUCAGAAUGGCGGAACUCAGCAGAGAACCCAAAAUGUCUUUUAUUGAAGAUGUUCCCUCUGAACGCGAACGCAUCCGACAACCGUCUACCCGUCAAAAGAUUUCAUCUGCCCUGCAGGGUGAUAGCGAAGAUCUCCCAGAGAAGACGGAUCACGACAACAGGUACAAACCGGCUGAACCUCUCGCAAAGCGUGACGUUGAGGACGAUGCUUCGAAAACCCAGCUAGACGAAAACGAAACAGGAGUGGAAAUUCCGGUUAAAAAGUUCCAGCCAAAGCCUGAAACAGAGAGACAGACACGUUCGACGGGCCGACGCUCGACUCGACUUUCCGACUUGUUCAAAAACCACGACGACGAUGACGACAGCACCGACUUGUUCAGCAAAUAUCCUCUCAAAGAAGACCCUUUUCGAAAGGAAUGGAAGCAAUCCUUGGUAUAUCCUCCAAAUGGAAAGAAGAAAGCCGAAGUCACGGUCGAAGACCGUGAUCGACUCCGUGAUGACGAAUUCCUUAACGACAACCUGAUCGCAUUCUACAUGCGCUUCUUGCAAGAUCAUAUGGAACGAACGAAUCCCGAGGCCGCGAAGCAGGUCUACUUCUUCAAUUCCUAUUUCUAUGAUACGCUCACGAAGACACCCCGGGGUCAACGUGGAAUCAACUAUAGCGGCGUCGCGAAGUGGACACGAAACGUCAAUCUGUUUGAGUAUAAUUUCGUCGUGGUUCCGAUUAACCAGAAUGCUCAUUGCCCGACGUGGAAGAGUCUGCAUCUUCCAACGGCAAGAGUCCCCCCCAACCAGACAGAGAGCGAAGUUCACGAAAUCCUCGAGUCGCCGGAGCCCGAGGCUGGACAUGGCAUGAACCAGGCAGGAAGAUCAACGGAGUCUCCACCUUCGCAAAGCGCACGUACUCGCCUUGCCUCUCUCUCACUUGAAAACGAGAGUGGGCCUGGAACAACCGAAGACUCGUCGGGAGAACCGGCUAAAGAACUUCCACAAGAAGAGAAGCAAGCCAACGAGACCGACAAGUCUACAGAUCUAAAGGAACCCAGUUCUGCCGACGAAUGGCCUGUAGAAGACGACCACCACCCCCCACCCCCCAAGCCUUCCACAACAUCUCUCAGUUCGAAACCCACCGGCCCGAAACCAGAUCCUAUCCCCGCAUCCCAAAGCCCAACAACCAAAAAGAAAGGAAAAGGCGGCCAAAAAUACGACCCGGACCAAACGACAAUCAUCACAUUCGACUCCCUCGACCUAGCCCGCUCACCCACAGUCCGAAUACUGCGCGAUUACAUCUGCGAAGAAUCCUCCUCCAAACGAGGCAAAGGCGUAGAUCCAAAAGACGUCAAAGGCAUGCGAGCCCGUCAAAUCCCACUCCAACCCAACUUCUCCGACUGCGGCCUCUACCUCCUGGCCUACUUGGAGAAAUUCGUGCAAGACCCGGAUCAAUUUAUCAGGAAGCUUCUGCAGCGCGAAAUGGAUGAAAAGGAUGACUGGCCUCCUUUGGGCUCGGGUUUGCUUCGACAACGUCUUCGCGAUUUCCUUGAUCAGUUGUAUCGUGAGCAAGAACGGGUUAAGGCGGGUGAGGGUGGUGCGGGUGCUGGUCCGAAGCAGGAAUUUCUCGCAGAUCAACAACCGAUUUCGCAUCUACUUGGCCCGUCGGAUUCCAGUGAAGCGGACGUUGAGAAAAUGGUUGAUCAUACGCCAGAGAAAACUAAGACUGGUGAUGAUGGUUCUGAGAAAAAGGAACCGAGCGAAAAUCUUCCCGAGAAGUCUCGUCGCAGUGAUUCGGAGAGUGACUCGGAGGACAGUUCAACGGUCGACCAGCUUCAAUUGGUACCUACAGGUAUGGCCCCGACUGUGUCGAAGACUACAUCGUCAGCGCUCUCUUCUGGCAAAGAUCGUUCGAAAAACGACUCCCGUCAAAAGAAAGAUGAAGAUGUCGUCGAGGUACCGGAUAGUCAAGAAGCGAAUCGGGAACUGGACCCUUCUCCCAACUCCUCCGAAGUCCAACCUUCCAAACCCGAGAAGAAGAAAGGGAAAACGGACCAGCCUUCGAAAAGCAAGAAAUCUGAUUCCAUGAGAAAGAACCAGACCCCCACUGUAGAAAUCCAGAUCCGGGCAACACCCCCUCCUAUGCCCUCAAGUCCGGGAAAAGUGAGAAAGAGUCCUCGUGGGGAAAAAGAGAAACAUUGA